AAAAAAAAAAAAAACGUACGUGAUAUCAAGAGAAAACCACGUGCAUAAGUUUUUUCCCGUCAAAGGUGUCGGACUGUCGGAGUCGAUAUAUAUGUAAUAUGUUAUUGAACACGAGGGCUGAUUCAACAACGUGAGUGGUGAUUGUAUUGUGCAGACAAGACUGAUUAUUGUGACGAGACUGUGACACAAACCUAGACCAAAUUAAAUCGUAAAGAAAAAGUGAGAAAAAAAAAUAAAUAAAUAAUUUUGUUUUUUUUUUUAUAUAAAAAAGUAGUAUCGUAUGAACAUAAAGUACGACGCAAGUGAUUGCCAUGGACGCAGAUCUAAAUGCAAGUGAUUUGAUACUACUAAAUGGUAUUAUUCCGAGGAACUGCGCGUCGGCUUAGAGAGAGCAAAUAGAAGAAAGAACCAGCCAACAAUAUAACAUACAACGCACGCGACGAAGAGGACAGCGACGACGAAUUAGCCGAGUGAAACGCAGCGGCGAAAGGAGAAGACUGAGACAGUCCGCGGUGGCGGAGGAGGCGGGGGAGGAAGAGCAACGAAGAUACGUGCAACCGGAGAGACGUCAAACCAGACGGUGAAAGAAGAUAAUAAUAAUAUAAAAUAAAAAACACAAGAUAGAGCAGAGCAUAUUUAUCCGCACACUCACUAAACAACAACAUAGACAAAAAUAAACCAGAACUACGUCGUCCUUACAACACCGUUGACUCGUCGAUUUAGCAAGGACACCGCAGGAAUACUUCUCUUUACAACGACGAUCAAGGUGAAUAAAAGUAACGAUGGUAGAUACGCAACACUUUUGUCUGCGAUGGAAUAAUUACCAGAGCAGUAUAACGUCGGCAUUUGAAAAUUUACGCGACGAUGAGGACUUUGUAGAUGUCACAUUGGCCUGCGAUGGCAAGAGUCUCAAAGCUCAUCGCGUUGUACUCUCUGCCUGCAGCCCAUACUUCCGUGAAUUGCUCAAGAGUACACCGUGCAAACAUCCGGUGAUAGUACUUCAGGAUGUGGCAUUUAGUGAUUUACACGCAUUAGUUGAGUUCAUUUAUCACGGGGAAGUUAAUGUACAUCAGCGAUCUCUCAGUAGUUUCCUCAAGACUGCUGAGGUUUUGAGGGUGUCGGGUCUUACACAACAGGCCGAUUCAACUGAACGAGAUGAGUUAUCACAAGUGCGUGCAUUAGCGGCACGCACAAAUCACGUACCACCCCAUGAUAAGUUGUCGGACGAGGGUUUCCCACGUGGUGGUUCUCCACCUACUCCACACACCCCGACACCAACAACAGUACAACAAUUGUUGCGACGUGCACAAAUACGUAGGAAUGAGAGGCGUACACCUGAUGAACAUGAGGAGUCUAUAAAACGUUCGCGAGUACCUUCACCACCGCUCAACAAUAAUGACGCGACGCCUACUGAUUUUUCUAUGGUCAAAAAUCAUUUAUCAGCUAAAGUUCAGGGCAAUGGUUUGCAUGAUGAAAACAGCCGUAUUGAGGACAAUAUUAAGUGCGAGCCACUGGAAUUGACUGGAGGAAACGGCGGGACCGGCGGUCACAAUGAAGAUUCAUCCGACUCCGGGGCUGCGGCAUCAGAUCGACCACCGGCUUCUGCGAGUAGUAAUGAACACGACCACGAACCAGAACAUCCUUCAACGCCAAACUAUUUACCCGAUAGCAAAUUAUUCACAUCAACGCCUGGAAGUUUUAAUUUCAGUAUGGCCGCACUCACAACUGAUCACAAUCCAUUGUCAGUUAAAUUUUCAGGGUUAAGCCACGGAUUACAGACGCCGGAUUUAGCUGGGACUUCACAAGGUACGGGCAAUGGGAUGCAUCCAGCGUCGACGCUUCCCACAAAUAUAUACUCUAUGCCACUGCCAACAGGGGGAGGCAUAAAUGAGCCACAGGAAUGCCCCUACUGCCGCCGUACCUUUUCCUGCUAUUACUCGUUAAAACGUCACUUUCAGGAUAAACAUGAGCAAUCAGAUGUUUUGUACGUGUGUGAGUUUUGUAACCGUCGUUAUCGGACUAAAAAUUCGUUGACGACGCACAAAAGUCUUCAGCACCGUGGCUCAAGCGGGAUGUUAAAGAGGCUGCUGAAGACAUCCGCCAUGAAGAGUGUAUUGGCAGCGCAACAUCACCCACCGAUCCAGCAACAAUUGCCCCAAUGAAAGUGGUGGUCCGUUCGCCAGCGUUCUCCAGAUUAUUUUGAUGACACCAGUGAUAAUUUUCUUACUUCUAAUCAUAACAAUAAUAAUAAUAAUCAUCAUCACCAAGAAGAAGGAGAACAACAACAAUAUCAAGCAAAUUAUCAGCGUCAUCAUUGGCCAUGGGGAGAACGCAAUCGGACAGAAAUAUCAUUAGAUCGUAAAACGUAGAAUACAGGAUCCACCAAUCACCUCUCGUUGUAAUAUUUAAAUUUAUUUUUUGUGAUCUCGGACUCGUCUUGCGGUUGAUCGUCGCUUUUAAGACAAUCAAUUUAAUGAGUCGUUGUGUUUUAUUAAUAUUUCUUUUUUUUUUUUGUUUAUUUUUUUUUUAUUAUUCAAGACAGUAUUUUUUAUUAUUAUUAUAAUAUAUAAAAAUACUGUCUAGGGUAAUUUAUCUUCAGAAGAAGAGAAUGAUAGAAUGAAUACUACGUAAUUGGCUCUUACGUAUCGCCUCGCUUUCAAAUUAAAUUAAAAGUAUAUGUUUUUUUUUUUUUUUUUUAAUUCGUAAUUAUUAUUAAUUAUUUUAUUUAAUAUUGUUUGAUUUUUUAACACAUUCGUCAAGACUGCGUUUAAUCCAAAGAAUGACGACGAAUUGACUGAGAAAAUUAAAAACAAAUUCUUAACGUAAUUAAGCUUAACCAAACAAAUUUUAUUGAAACGAUCGGAAAAAAAGGUAUAAAUUAAAAAAAUUUUUAUUUAAAUAAAUAACAUUCCAGUCAUUAUUUAGAGGCAAAAUUUUAUUUAAAUUGUUUAUUAUUUAGUUUGAAUUAUUAUUUUUAAAUAUUUAACGGACUGAGUAUUGUUGCCGAUCCGCAACAAUCGGAUUAGAUUUUUAAAUGUAUAAAAUAUGAAGGAGGAAAAUUAUUAAAUUUUAUUUUACGUCAACUAAAAACUAAAUUUAUAAUCUAGUGAAGGUUAUUAUUAAUUAAUUAAUUCUUUUCUUUUAUUAUUAUUAUUAUUUUUUUUUCUUUUAUUUUUCUUUAAUUUUAACGAAAAGCGGCGAAUCUAAAACGUAAACUCGACGUGAUUAAACGUUGCGCGCGUAAGACAUAGAAAAAGCAGGAUAUUGAGAUAACGGCGUGAUAAUUAUAAAUAUAUGCAUUUAUAUCUAUACGUACAUAUAUGUAUGUGUAUAUAUAUUUAUAUAUAUUGACGUCUCAAUCCGCAAUUACGAGAGAUAGAGACUAGUUAAUAAAAUAAAGUGGCUCGUUUUAAUUGCUAAUUUUUUCAUCGCACGUUUAUUUACUAUUUUAUUGUUCAUUUAUAUAUAUAUAUAUAUAUAUACAUAUAUAUUAUCACUAUUAUUUCUAUUAUUAUUAUCAUCAUUAUUUUUAUUAUCCCUAUUGCUAUUAUUAUUACUACGAUAAUUAUCUGUACAAUAAUAAAAAUGAACGUGCGAUUGAUGUGAAACAUAAAUAUAUAUAGAUAUAUUAUUAUUAUUAUUAUUAUAUAUUUAAAUUAAGUAAAGACAAAUUUAAGGAUAGCCAGUUAACUGUCUUAGGCCUAAGUGGAAUUAAAUUACGAAAUCUAUGUGCUCAAAUUCCAUAAAGUCUUAUACAAAAUAAAGUUAAUAAAUAAAAGUUAAAAUAAAGACUACAGUGGCAAGAGAUAGAUAAAACAUUUUUAAGGACUAUGGACUAAAAUGUAUACAAAUACAUAUAAAUAUAUUUAAAAUAUAUAUUGCAGAAAAGUCCAUCAUACAUAAAAUAAUAAAAUAAAAAUCAGACUAUAUUUUUAACUCUACAAAGUAAUAUUUUGAACUGUGUACAUAUAUACAUACUUACAUAUAUAUUCAUUACAUAUUAUUAUAUAUUAUAUAAAUAUAUAUUACAUUGGUACAAUAUUAAUAACAAUAAUAUUUCUAUCUUUGAAUUUUCUCAAGGUAUAAAGUUAAAUAAAGAUAAAUUGUAUGCAAUCAAAGUAUGACAUCAGGACAUUACAAUAUAUUUUAUUUCAUUAUUCUCCUUAUGACAGGGAUAAAUUAAAUUUAUAUUAUUAGUUUAUAUUUUUGUUGGUGAGAUUUUUUAUCGACCGAGUUAUCUGAUGUCGUACUUUCGAUAUUUAAAUAGCCAAGAAAAAUACGGUAUUACUUGUUUGAUAUAUAUUUUUAAUUAUUUUCUUUCUUGGUUUAAAAAUUUACUUUUCAAAUUAUAGACUGUAAAGAAUCGGGGAUGGAUUCGAGUAUUAUUUAGAUCCAAAUUCACUCCGUCACUCAUAAUUUCGGGGCUUUUACAAAAAAUCACUCCGCAUACGGAGUAAGUAGAGAGUUUUUUUUUCAGGAGUGAUUUGAAUUUUAUUUUAAUCCACAUUCACUUUGAUUCGAAAUUUUUACAUUAAAAUAAACUCUCUUUCGGAGUAAAUUUCAAUCCGCUCCGUAUUUACUCUGCAUUCACUCUGGAUUUAAUCCGCAUUCACUCCUCAAAUUUUUUACAGUGUAUAUAUUUAUUGAUUUGGGAAUAAAAAUUUUAUAAGAUAAAUUUAGUGAGGUACAUUGUGAAAAAUUGGGAGUGAUUACGGAUUUUAUUUGAAUCCGAAUUCACUCGGAGCUUUGGAAUUUAAAAAAAAAUCACUUCGCAUACGGAGUAAAUACCCGUGUUAAGAAAUUGUUAAAAAAAGAUUAAAAAAGUGUUGACUAAUCUAAACUUCCAAACGUGACACAACGACGAACUUUUUUUAAACGUUCUUUAAAUUUUUGAAAAUUCAAGGGAAAAAUCAGUAAAUGUCCUAAUACUAUCAAGACAAAAUAAGACGAAAAAUGGUCAGAAAUAGUUCGAAAUCCGUUUUUUCUGAACGUAUUUUGCACUGAAAAAUGUUAAUUUGUAGUAUGGUCAAUUUUUUUUUUCCGUGCAUUUUUAGAAGUUUGAAAAUCGUUUUAAAAAAAUUCGUCAUUGUAAGUUUUAAAGUGUAGAAUAGUCAGCACUUUUUUAACCUUUUUUCAACAAUUUUUUUACACGGGUAGGGAGAUUUAAUAUUAAAAUAAACUCCCCUUGGAGUAAAUUUCACUCCAAGGGGAUAAAUAGUCAUCCGCUCUGUAUUCACUCCGAAUUUAAUCCGCGUUCACUACGAAAAUUUUUUACAGUCCACAUAAAUACUAGUCCUUGGACUUCUAAAUAAAUAUGAUUAUUAUUAUCUAAAAUAAAGAUCAAACAAGUAAUUAACUGUGGUAUUUUCUUGCAAUAAUAAGUACUCAAGUACUUGGUACAAGAGAUAAAUAGAUAAAACAAAAUUCUAAGAGUUGUUUAAAUAAUAACGUUCGUAACAUAUUCAGGUUUUAAACUCAGUGAUAAAACACUUAAAUAAAAAAAUAAAAAAAAAAAACAAUAAAGUUGUUUUAUCAAAUAUGUAAACGCCAUUAUCAUUAAUAAUGAGCAAGUACAAAUAAUUAAUAAAGAGCAGCUACAACUAUAUUAGACUCGGUAGUUGAAUGAGAAAAAAAAUUGUGUGAAUUUUAAAUAUUUAAAAAUUUUAAAUAUUAAUGUAAAAAAAAAAAAUGAUUUUAGACAUAUCGAUCACCAAGUAUACCAUUAAAAAAAAAAAAAAAAAAAAAAAAAAAGAAUUAUACGAUUUUAGAUAAUAAGUAAAUCCCGUAUAAGGGAGUUUAAAAUUUGUGUCAAAUUUGUUUAGAGUCGAUAAAAAAAAAUUUUUCUCUGUUCACGUGGCGUAGAUUUACAACACGAUGUGGAUAAUUAUAAUUUAUUUGAAAAACGAUAAAUUUAAAUUAUCGAUUAAGCCAAAAUUGUGUGAAAUUAUAUUAUGCCAAAUUAAUUUUUUUGAAUAAGACUUAAUUAUAAGCUCGUCAACGGAAAUUAUCCUAGUCAUUUUUAGACCCUUCUAUGUUGCUGUGAUAAAAGAAGGCGAGUAAAGAUAUAAAAAUAACGAGCUAAUAAAAAUUUAAUUUAAAAUAAACAUUCGAUAUAAAUUAUUCCACAUCGUGAUAGUCAACGUCACCUCGACAAACGGGAAAAUGAGAAUAUUAAUAAUAAUAAUGAACAAAGGACAAAUUGAUUAUGAUAUCGGAAAGUUCUGUGAUGUUUUUCAGUUGGUAUACUAAACGAAAAAGAUUAAAAAAAAUAAUUAAAAAUAAUGGAAUUAGCAAAAGUUAUACGGAUUCGAAUUUAUCUUCAAUGUUGUGAAAUUAGUAAUCGAGACAAAGUAUAAAUUUCGUAAUGAUUUGAUUUCUAAAUAAAAUUAAAAUAUUGACAUAGUGAAACGUCUGCUUGAUCGGCAAAUUUAACAUCGAUAAUAAUUAUUGAUAUAUACAUAUACAUUAUACAUAUAUAUGAACUAAAAUAUACAAUCUAUUUAACUUAUUAUUCACUACGAUAGUAAAGAUAUAGUGUCAUUGACUUGUGUAGAAAAAUUAAAGAUAAUUAUUGAUUGUAAUACGAUCGAAUUAUCAGAAUCUUGUGCGCGUAAAACGAAAAUUAUUAAUCGCUAAUUAGCGGGCUCAAAAUUUUUAAUUGGAUGCCAAAAUAAACAUCGCAUAUUAAAUAUUUUUAUUUAUCAUAUUAUUGUUCUUGAUCAUUGAAAAUGAUUUUAUUGUUAAAAAAAUUUGCAUUUUAUUCGAAAUCUUUUUUGAAUUUUUUUCAAAAGCUAAAAUACUUUUAAAGUUUGAACUUUUUUCGAUAAUUAUUAUUAGUGAUGUAAAAAUAUUUCUGCGAUAAAAAUUGUUUAGGUUUAAAAUUUACUUUUAUCAAAAUUCGUUAUUUUUUAUAAAAAGGAAAAAAUUUAGAUGAUAAUUUAUUUUAAAAAUGCAGACACUUCACUGGUGUUCAAAAUUAAUUUUUAAAAAAUUAAGUAACAUUAAUGUGCCAACACAUUGAAGAUUAUCGUAAACUAUUAAAAAAAUUAAGUAAUGUCUUCUUUGAUAACCGUAAUUACUGUAGCAUUAAUUAUUUUAAAAAAUAAUGUCACUUAUUAAAAACGAUCCUUUCUACCUGCACAAUUUUUUUGUCUUUCAAGCUGCGAGAAAAGCUGAAAGAAAAGUUUACGUUAAGAAAUAAAUAUUUUUAAAUAUUAAUUUCCAUUCUUUCGUAUACAUAUAUUAUAUAAAUAUAUAGAUAUAUAUUUAAUAAUGUAUAUAUUAAAUAGGAAAAGUAAUGAUAAAUAAAAAUAUAAAACUUUUAUAAUAGAUAACAGAAUCGUUAACACAAAACGUGUCCGUAUUUCAGUUUUAAACUCACGGGAAUUUAUUUUUCGAUGCCACUUGUAGGAAUAAGUUUUUAAAUAUUCAUUUAAAUUAUUUUUAAUUCCGCCUUUUAUGUUAAAUUAUGGUUCUUAUUUUAAAAUAAUUUAUUUAGAUGAAAAUGAAAUAUCGGCAGACGUAUCUGGAAUUAAAUUGACCGGAAAUCAGGGAUAAUAUUUUGGUAAAAAAAAAAAAAUAUUAUCUUUAAAAAAUGAAUAUUCGUUAAAAUUAAUUAAUUGUCAAAUUUUCUUCCAAAUUAGUGAUUAAAUGUAAUUUAUCAAUUAAUUAAUUAAUUAAUUAAUAAGUAAAAUUUUUUGAAUAUAUAAGUAUGUGUUAAAAAUAUUCCACUUCCGGCAAUUUUUCUUCCACUGUGAUGAGCGGUUUUUGAUUAUCAAAGCUUAUUAAAUGUGACUGUUUAUUUACAUUAAUAAUUAACAAGGAAUGAUUAAUGAACUAAAGUUAUUAAUUAUUUAGUUGCUCGUUAAUUAGAGCCGGUAAAGAGCCAUGCUCAAUUUUUUAAAAUUUUGUUAUAGCGCUGUGACGAAAUAAAUUUGUUAUUUUGUUACGUAAAUUUAUUUUUUAACAAAAAGGCUGAUUUUUAUAAUUUAACAAUAAAUAAAAUGAUAUCAGUUUAAUUAAAUAAACAAUUAGACAAAUUGAGAAAAAAAAAAUUAUAAGAAUAUAAAAUAAAAAAUAUCGAAUUUAUUUUUAACUUGUUUCCAUUUUCGUUUUUUUUCUCGCGAAUUAGAUGAAAAAAAAACUUAUUAUUAUUAUAACUAUUUAUAUAUAAAUAAUAUUAUAUAUAAUAAUUGCGACUGAUUAGACUGCGACAAUUGGCUUGAAUAUAUUUUUUUUUAUUUUUUUUUCUUCAUUAUCUUGUGAUAUUGUUUUACCAAAGAAACAUUGCGAAAUCGUUUUUAAGUCGUAGACCGCAAAAAUAAAAAAAAAUUAAAAUUAACACCAAUGAUUUUUUAUGGCUAAAUUAUUAAAUUUUGUUUAAUUAUCUAAACAAAAAUUGUAAAUUUUCAUCAAGAAUUAUAAUCUUUUAAAAUUAUCUAAAAUUUCUGAAAUAAAAAUGAAAAACGAAACAAGCUAAUACAAAAAUAACAACAACGAACAGCAAAAAAAAUAGUAAUGGCAGAUUUUAUCCAUCAUAUUCUUUAGUUUAUUUACUAAAGAGUAUAUCCUACACAGAAAAAAAUAAUUUCUGGGCGCGAUAAUUUUUUUUUAUUAUAAAUUGAACACGAAAAUUUUCUUGGGACGAUAAAAAAUUUAUUGACCCAAAAUGAUACUGGUUAGCCGACGACUAAUAAUUUUUGAAGUUUUUUAGAAAUGACAAAUUAUAAAAAAAAAAAUAUUUGAAAAAAUUACACAUAUAGUUUUUAAACUUUUCUACAAGUGCAUAUUUUUAGUUUUUUUUUUUUUCAUAAUUAAUUUGCUAAAAAAAAAAUCCAAAAAUUGUUAAUUGUCUUUUGACUUUGACACUGAAAUUAGCCGACGUCCAAUAAUUUUUGGAUUUUUUGAAAAACGAUAAAUUAUGAAAAAAAAAAUAUUUAAAAAAAUUGCACUUGUAGUCUUUUAAGUUUUCUACAUGUGCAUAUUUUUAAUUUUUUUUUUCUUCAAAUUUAAUUGUUGAAAAAAAAUCAAAAAAUUUUUAAAUGUCUGUUAACUUCAGGAUCAUGACCCAACAAAUUUUUUCUUGCUCUGAGAAAAUUCAUUUUCGCCGUAAGAAAAUUUCGAUUUUCAAUUCACAAUGAAAAAAAUUUAUUGAGCUGGGAAAAAAUUUUCUUGGGACGAGUAAAAAUUUUUUAUGUCAAGAAAUUCCUUUUUUUUGUGUCAAAAAUAACAAAAAAAAAACAUACUCCAAAAUUAUAAUAAAAAGUAAAAAAAUUGAUGAGAAUUGAAAAGAAUGAUGAAAUUUUCGAACAUAGGAGAAAGACUACUUAGAUUUUAUUUUUUAUUAUGUCUUCAAAAAGACUUUAAAUAUUAAUAUUUAUAUUGUGCCAUAACUAUUAUUAAUAAACCUUAAGUAUAAAUUAAUUGUUAAAUUAAAAACAAAAAUAAUUAAAAAAAAAAAUCCUUAAAUUUAUCUGAAACGGGGAAAUUGCAAACAAAAUUAUUACUAUCUAUUUAAUCGUUGCGAAUCAUUAAAAAAAUAUGGGGUAGCGUUCGUCGCAAUUGUAAAGAAAUAAAGUAAUAAAUAAUCAUGUACUUUGUAUGCAUAUAUGAUUAUUUAUAGACAAUUAUUUCAACAUUAUUUAUUAUUAUUUUAAUUGUUUUUCAUUACGUCUGCUUUCAAUGAUCGUCAUAAGCCUAUGCCUCAUUAUUGCGAAUGCAAAAUAAUGAUUUUAUUUGGUUAUCGUUAAAUGUAAGCGCCAAAGUUUGACUUUGUACAGAAACAAUUUUAAAUAACUAUAAGUUUAUAAAUUAAAAUUGUUUAGACUUUGGUUUAAAUUUAAAAAUUUCUGGGUUGAGAAAAAAAAUGAAUGAAGAAAUUGAUUGUAAUUUACUCAAAAAAUACAAACGCUAUUUUACACAGCAAGUUUUGAAAUUUAAAGAAAAAAAAAUGAUAAAUUUAUCAACGCUCGAUGCCUCGAUGUAUAUUUAGUAAUUAAUUUAAUGUGCAAUGUAAAAUUAAAUUUAAAAAAUUCGAGACUUGAGAGCGUAUUGCACGCUCUAAUAAAUUAAUUUAUUAAUUUAUAAAACUGAUAUAAGAAUUGUGGGACGAUAAUAAGAAGUGUGUGGAUGUGAAUGUGAUAACAAUCGAUGGAAAAAAAAAUCACUAGACAACUUGACAAAUGGCGAAGCUGUUAAAAUAACGUAAUAGACAAACAUUGUCGCACAUUUUUUAUUUCUCUUUAUUUUUAUCUACUCGAGUGUCCUAAAUCAACAUCUAUAUUCAAAGUUUUUCUCCUUUGUUCAUUUCACAAUUACAAUUGUAAUAAAAAAAUUACGCUUUGAAACUUUAAAAUUGAGCAUUCAAAUAUUUGGUUUUGCUUUUAAACAGCUUGAUUACAUUUUAAUAUUUAUCUGAGCGAUCAAUUUAUAUCUAAAAAUAUUAAAUUACAUCAACGAAAGAUAUAAAAUUUCAAAGCGCGAAUUUUUUAAAAAUUUAAAUUGCAGAAUUUCUUUUUUUUACAUAAUCAAGUAUUGCAUAAUUUUGUACUUUGUUAUGUAUUUUAUUUUUGCAAUUUUUAUCCUUAUGCUCAUUGUUUUAUUUUAAUUAUUAUUAAUUAAUUAAUUAUUAUUAUUACUACUAUUAUAAUUAUUAUAUUAAACACUUAAAUAAUAUAAGCAUUUUGUACAUGUAUGGCAUCACAUAUUUACUAGCAGUGGACACUGAUAAAGUUGACGAUUGUAUUUUUUAAUUCAUGAAAUAACUCAUUGAAUACACAUAUAUAUUUAUAUAUAUAUCCAUAUUACAAUGAAUUUUUUUUCUAUAGCAUACAUGUGUAUUUAUAAUACAUUCAUACGGGCACAGGUAUCUUAAGAAUGUAUUAUAGUUAUGCAAUUGAAUAAUAAAUAACUAGAUAAUUUUUAUUUUAAACGAGGGCAAUUCAAUGUACGUUAGUUCAUUAAUCUACGAUGCAAGUAACGUAAAGUUUUUGUACUACGUUAUUUAUAUAUAUAAUAUAUAUUAUUAUUAUUAUUAUAAAAAUAAUAAUUCUUAAGGUACUCCACUAGUUUUUUUGUCUCGCUAUUGCGUCCGUUGUCGAAGUGAUUGUUAAAAUGUUUAUGAGGACUUGACAAAUGCUUAUAAUUAUUAUCAGCGUAUUAAUAUGUUAUAUUAUUAUUGCUAUCAAUAUUAUUAUUAUUAUUAUUAUUAUUAUUAUUAUUAUUAUUAUUAUAUUAUAUUAUAUUAUAUCAUUAUUAUUUUAUUAUAUUAUAUUAUUACUAUUAAUUAUUAAUUAUAUGACAGUUAUUGAAGUUUAUGUUGGUUUUAUAAAUUUCUUUACCGUGAAAUUCAUAUCAUAUAAUUAAUAAAAUAAUUAGUUAAUAAAAAUUAUUUUAUUUUAUUGUAUUUUAUUUUUAUUAUUAUUUUCUCACUAUAAAAUUCGUAAAAUGUUGCAAUGGUUAUGAAGAAUUUUUUUUUUUGCCCAGAUAAUAAAAUAUUAAGGCCAUUCACAGACAGUCUUCUCUCUUUUGAAAAUUUUCAAUUCAACUGUCAUAAGUGUAGAAAAAUUUUAUCAAUCAAUUGAGAAAAAAUUGAAGCAUCAAUUGAAAAGAGGACAAUGUUGCUGAGGUAUAGAUUUUUUUUAAAUUACAGUUGAUAUCGAUUGGAAGUUAAACGAAAUUUGGAAAAUAAAUUUCAGUAAAGUCUUUAUGUCAAUUUUAAAAUUCGAAUUUUCAAGUUUCCUAGGCCGAAAUUCAUUUAUCAAAUUUUGUUGCUCCUAAUUAAUAACGAAUGCAAAUAAUUUUUUUAAAAUUAUAUAGGGUAGAAGUACCAUUUGUGGCCUCUGCUCCAUUUUUGAACAUUAAAUCCUUUAUUUUAAUUUAUGAAUACGUAUCUAAGAAAAAAUCCAUUGUAAUAGUGUGAUAAUAGUAUCUGCAAAUACAUUUAAAAAUUAGUGGUGCAAAAUUUUUUAUAUUACGGGGAAAAUCUUGGUCUUAUGAAAAAAGUUUUCAAACAAAAGUUCUAGAAAAUUUAAUUUUCUAAAAAAAAUGUCUCUUAUAAUUUUCUCUUAGAAUUAAUACGAAAGCCGUAAUUUCAAAAUUAAGAUUUUCAUAAUUAAAAAAAUUUUGAAUCAUUCAUUAUGAAUCUUAAUUUUUGAAUUACGGUGAAAAUAUUGAUCGUAUAAGAAAAUCAUAAGAGACAUUUUUUUAAUAAAAUUAAAUUUCCUACAACUUUUGUUCUAAAACUUUUUCACUAAGACCGAUAUUUUCCCCGUAAUAUCAAAAAUUUGAACUAUCUAUUUCAAAAAUAAGGCAAAAAUCUUGUCCCUAGUCAUUGGGUAUUUUACAAAUUAUUUUAUUAAAAUUUCUAAAAGGCCAAGACUGGCCUUAAAACCGCCAAAACGGGACUUCUUCCCUAUCUCAUGGAAAUUACAACGAUGACCUUUUUUCGACUAACGUUUUAAUUUUUUUUUUUUCAAUUCAUUCAUAAAAUUUUAAUACUGUCUAAGAAUGCCCUUCAUUAAAAAAAAAUUUAUAUAAAAGACAGAACAUGGUUACAAAAUUAAAAAACUGAUCUAAAAAAAAUAUCAAUUUUUUUUACUAUCGCUUACUAUUUUUAAAAAGUAAAUACCGAUUAAUUAACAUUAAUAAUUAAUUAAAAUAGAAGAUGAUUAAAUUCGUCCAUGCAGUUUUCGUGAUAAAUAACUUAAAGAAAAUAGUUUUACUGAGGAUUGGUAUUUAAAAUAUAAAAAGAGUAAGCGAUAAAUGAACUUUUUUUUUUUUUAAUGACUAAUUUUGAAGUAAAAUAAAUUAUUUUGCAUUUGAAAGUACUGGUGGGAAUGUAAUGAUAAAACAAUAAAUUGAAUUAAAUUACAAAUGAAGUGCAUAGAUGAAAGAUGAAUAAUGAAGGUUGAAUAAAUAUAUAUAUAUCGAUGAUAAAGAGAGACAGAAAGUGAGAAUAAAUGAGAGAGUGAGAGA